UUUUUCUUUCUCCUUGUACGUGUUCAUUCAAUCUUGUUAGUGGAGAAGCUGCUAGUGGCAAAUCACAACAAUUUCAACAUGCUGUGGCUCAUUGUGUUGCUUUAGGAUCAAAUAAAAAGCAAACGAAACUACAACAACAUCUCCAAUAUGCUCAAAUACUAAUCAAUCUUUGGACUUCAGCAAAAUCAACUGUACAUGAUAACGCUUCACGUUGCUUUCAAUAUAUUGAACUUUAUUAUUCUGAAAGGGGUCGCGUUAUAGGUGCUCAACAUUUACCCUAUUUUUUGGACAAAUCAAGGAUUACACAAGCUCCUCAAGAUGAACGCAACUUUCAUAUCUUUUAUGCAAUGUUGGCUGCUCCUUUGGAAGAAAAACAACGACUGGCAUUAUCUGGUGAUGGUUCAAAUAUGAUGUAUUUGGCUCAUACUUCUACUUUGCGUGCUGCUUCUAUUGAUGAUACUCAACUCUAUCAAAAUGCUCAACAAGCUUUCAAGAUUUUAGGGUUCUCUCGUCCUAUGAUUGUCCAAAUCUUUCAGAUAUUAGCCGCCAUUCUUCACCUAGGAAAUCUUAUUUUCUGUCAAGACCCUGUCAAUGCUCAAGAUGCUGCUGUUGUCAAGAAUAUGGAUACUCUCACCAUUAUAGCCGAUUUGUUGGGUGUGGAUUCAAAAUCUCUCUUGAACACAUUGACCUACAAAAGCAAACUCAUUAAACGCGAUAUUACUACUUUAUUCUUGGAUCCUAUCAUGGCUUCAAAACAACGCGAUGAUUUAGCUCAAUCCUUAUAUGUGGUGGUCUUUUCUUGGAUGGUCGAACAUAUCAAUACAAAGUUAUCGAAACAACAAAAAACAGCUCAUAGUUGGAUCGCUCUUUUGGAUGGUUGGGGACCCAAUAUUCGACUCUCUCAAUCAGCAACCUUGGAUGAUCUCACUGUGAAUUUCGUCAAUGAAGCUUUACAUCAAUCUAUGUUAGUUAAUAUUUUUGAGCGCGAUAUGAAAGAUUAUCAAGAUCAAGGAUUAACUUUACCAGCAAGUCAUCAAAUGGAAAAAUCGACCAACAACAACGCUGUCAUGGAUGCCUUUCAUCACCCUUCAAAAGGAAUCUUCUCUAUAUUGAAUACUCAAGCUGGUCGUGUACAACAACGGUCCAAAGAUGAUGUAGUGAUGGAUCAUUUUAUUAGUGCUAACAAAAGUAACGACACUGGUGUUCAAUUCAAAAAGGCGAAUCAUGCAAACUCAUUCACUAUUCAACAUUAUUGGGGGCCUGUCAAUUAUGAUCCAUCUGGUUUUACCGAACGAAAUGAAGAUUACCUUUGUAGCGACUUUGUGACCUUAUUCCGAGGAAAUGCAUACAAUACUCCAACAACCAAUGGGCUCUUGGCGACUGUAUUUAGUGAAUCUAGUAUUGGCGAUGAUGCAACCAAUAACAACCGCGUUCACAUUACUCAGCGUGGUGUUUUACCUCAACAUCGUACACCUAUCAUGACUGGUGGCCCACCAACCUUGUCAUCACCUUCUUCUCCCACCUGGGAUCACGUACCAACAAUGGGUGAUCAACUACUACUGGGUGUUCAACAACUUCAGCAAGUACUUCAAUCAACAGUUCCUUGGUUUGUUUUGUGUAUGCGACCUAAUGAUAUGAUGUUGGCUUAUUCCUGUGAUGCCCGGAAACUAACUAGUCAAACUAUUGCAUUCAAGUUAUCAGCUUUAGCCCAACGCCUCCAAGUUUAUUACAAUACGGUUUUUUCUUUACAAGACUUUUGGGAUCGGUAUUGUGUUUCUCUUCCAAUUACUACUGGUGCUCCUAUUGAUAAUACUUUGGCUCUACGAGAUCGUUGUAUUUCCAUCUUUCAGUCAUUACAAUGGAAUGAAUCUAAAGUAGGCGUUGGUCGCGAAAAGAUUUACUUAUCAAAUCAAGCUUUUUGUAUUUUGGAGUACGACUUGCGUGGAUUGGAAAAAGCUGAAUCUAAGAAGAAUAAAUCUUCUCCAACUGGUUUGUCACCAAUGCUUCGGCGGGAUAAUUAUGAUGGUUAUUCCUUUAAUGAAGAUCAAUAUUCCUCUGCAGUAUCUGAAGAUGCAUAUGAUAUGGAUGACAACAGUUCCCCGCAGAAUUAUGUGUCCGAUAUACAUUCUACACCAAUGAUGAUGAUGAUGAUGGAUGAAAAACAACAACGUCAACAACAUCAACAACAACAUAAAAGUCCCAAUGGUGGUUUAGCUGAUAUUAUACCGGAAGAUGAAGAUGUCCAUCGAAUGACUAGUGCUCGACGUAAAUGGCUGAUCCUAGUGUGGUUACUAACGUGGUGGGUGCCUUCUCCCUUUUUGAACUGGUGUGGUGGCAUGAAGCGAAAGGAUAUUCGGUUGGCUUGGCGUGAAAAGGUGACUCUAUGUAUUCUCAUAUUUCUGAUGUCUGCUUCAAUGGUGGUAUUCAUUAUCUUUUUCGGUCCAUUGAUUUGUCCUCAUCAAGAUGUCUUCUCCUCUAAUGAACUACAAGGCAAAUCUGACAAGGAUAGUGCAUAUGUGGCUAUACGUGGCGAAGUAUUUGAUCUUACCAAAUUUGCUCCUCAUCAUUGGGCAUCAGAAGUUAUUCCUGAAGACGCUAUUUUUGAUUAUGCUGGCAAGGAUGCUACCAAUCUUUUUCCACUUCAAGUAUCUGCUCUAUGUGAUGGGACGGAUGGUCAUGUCUCUGAAGAAGUGGUGUUGGAUUUCCAAGUCAAUUUGACAGACAAGAAUGCUGCUUAUCAUGAUUUCCGUUACUUUACAAAUGAUUAUCGCCCUGAUUGGUAUUUUGAACAGCUGGUGUAUAUGCGAAAAAAUUAUCGACUUGGUUUUAUGGGAUAUGAACCACGCGACAUCCUACGACAAGCAACAAACGUGGUGAAUGUAGGUGACAUUUCAACUCAUCGACAAUGGGCUAUUCUUCAUGGUGAUGUCUAUGAUCUGACUUACUAUCUUAUGGGCGGUCGUGUUCCUCGUGCGCCAAAAGGACAACCUCUGAGUGGGAACAUCAAUCUCAACUUUAUGGACAAUGGUAUUGUGGAACUCUUUCGACAAUUGGCGGGCACAGAUAUCUCAAAACAUUUUGACGCACUUCCCAUCGAUGAAGCGCUUCGCAGUCGUCAACUAGUCUGUCUACGCAAUUUAUUUUUUGUAGGCAAGGUCGAUACCCGGCGAUCCUUCCAAUGUCAAUUCUCUGAAUACUUUUUACUCAUUGUCACUGGAUUCCUUUGUGCGGUGAUUCUCUUCAAAUUUUUGGCAGCUCUUCAGUUAGGAACUCAACGUGAACCUGAAGAAUAUGACAAGUUUAUUGUAUGUCAAGUCCCAUGCUAUACAGAAAGCGAAGAAUCAUUACGGAAAACAAUUGAUUCCAUUGCUGUUUUACGGUAUGAUGAUAAGCGCAAAUUGAUUUUACUAGUCUGUGAUGGUAUGCUUAUUGGUAGUGGAAAUGAUCGACCGACGCCUCGUAUUGUUUUGGAUAUUUUAGGUGUAGAUCCUAAUGUCGAUCCUGAACCUCUUUCCUUUUUCUCGCUAGGUGAAGGUGCAAAACAACACAAUAUGGGAAAGAUCUACUCUGGACUGUAUGAAUGUGCUGGUCAUGUGGUGCCUUAUUUGGUGGUAGUCAAAGUAGGUGGUCCUGGUGAGCGACAGAAACCUGGUAAUCGAGGCAAACGUGAUUCUCAAAUGGUGCUUUUACGAUUUUUGAACAAGGUACAUUUUGAAUCUGCCAUGGCUCCUAUGGAAUUGGAAAUGUAUCAUCAAAUCAAGAACGUUAUUGGUGUGAAUCCUAGCUUUUAUGAAUUUGUGCUCAUGGUGGAUGCUGAUACUGAAGUUCUUCCUGACUCGUUAAAUCGGAUGGUUUCCUGUUUUGUACACGAUUCAAAGAUUGUGGGACUAUGUGGGGAAACAAAACUGGCAAAUGAAAAGGAUAGCUGGGUGACGAUGAUUCAGGUGUAUGAAUACUAUAUCUCUCAUUUCUUGGCCAAGGCAUUUGAAUCUUUGUUUGGAUCGGUGACUUGUCUUCCCGGAUGUUUUUGUAUGUAUCGUGUGCGAUCGCCAGCUAAACAACAACCUUUACUGAUCAGCAAUCAAGUGAUUCAAGAUUACUCUGAAAAUCGGGUCAAUACUCUUCAUCAAAAGAAUCUGUUACAUUUAGGUGAAGAUCGGUAUUUGACUACUUUGAUUCUCAAGCAUUUUCCUACAUACAAGACGAAGUUUACGGCGGACGCGGGCUGUCUUACGAAUGCUCCUGAUCGAUGGAGUAUAUUGUUAUCUCAACGUCGGCGAUGGAUCAAUUCGACUAUUCACAACCUGGGUGAAUUGAUGUUUUUACCUCAACUUUGUGGUUUCUGUUGUUUUUCAAUGCGAUUUGUUGUUAUCUUGGAUCUUCUCAGUACACUUACCAUGCCUGCUAUCGUAUGUUAUUUGAUUUAUCUGAUUUACCGCUUGGUCACAGACGCCAAUCAAGUACCCAUGAUCUCUAUCAUUACUCUUGGUGGUGUCUAUGGGUUACAAGCAAUCAUCUUUAUUCUACGUCGAAAGUGGGAACAUAUUGGAUGGAUGAUUGUUUAUAUUCUAGCUAUUCCACUCUUUUCAUUCUUUAUGCCGAUCUACUCCUUUUGGCAUUUUGAUGACUUUUCUUGGGGAAAUACUCGUGUAGUGGUUGGUGAAGGUGGACAAAAAAAAGCAAUGCCAGCAGAUGAAGGUCGAUUUGAUCCAAGAAGUAUCCCUCUCAAGAAAUGGAAAGAUCAUGAAAAUGAAAUUUGGGAAACUAAUUCGGUGGAAACCAAAAUUACUGAUAUCACAGCAACCUCAAGACGAUCUCAACAAUUACAACAACAGCAACAACAACAGAUGAUGGCAGCCAUGUCUAGUGGGAUUGCAAGUGGGAUAUAUUCAAUGGCGCCACCUCCUUCUCAUCAACUUCAAUCGGAUACAAACAGUAUGUUACGUUAUUCUCAAAGUCAACAAUUCUUCCGCCCAUCUUCCAUUUUACCUGGUAAUGUUUCCGUCUAUAGUGAACCGCACCAAAGUAUGAUGAUGUAUCCAACAACAACGGCACCUCUCGUGGCUCACAAUACAGCAUUUUAUCCAUCUUCACCAAUGAUGAACAAUCCAAGUCAAUUCAGCUACCAACAGCAACCGCCUUAUCCUCAUCAACAGCAUCAACCAUUAACAGCAAUGGAUAUCCCUGACGAAGAUAUACAACGUGAAGUGCAAAGGAUUACUACUACAGCAGAUUUGACAACCAUGACGAAGAAACAAGUUAGGGAAGAACUUGGCCGUCACUUUGGAAUGGACAUGACUCCAAGGAAAGAUUUUAUCAACCAUUGUAUAGAGGAGGCUCUUCGUUGUGUCUAAUCAGUUACAUACUUGUUUGUUUAUCAUCUCCUUUUUUUCUUUUGGUAGUAUUAGUUUAUUCUAGAUUAGUCUUAUUUUUAUCUUUUGUGUAUUCAUCUCUUAUAUCAUCUUUUUAAUAAAACAAAUAAAUACAUUUUUUUUUCUAUACAAGAAAAUCAUCUGUAGUUUUAUUAUUCAUGAGCAACUUGGUAUGGUGUUUUCUUUCUGAAUUUUGAGAACAAC